CUCAGUUUAAUAGACCUUUGUCUUCUUUCUCGUAAACAGAACCCAGGAUGGCUUCUCCUACUAAAGAAGGAAGUGAUCCAGCUGACAGUGCUCUCAAAAUUUUAGAAAAUGGGGCUCCGAACGACUGUAGUACAGAUAUAGAGCCUUCAUUUGCUGAUUCUAUUAUGAUCUCUCAGGUGGAAAGCCACCCAGCGAGCAGGGAGCAGGACACACCAACCUGCCAGGGGCAUGCUGUUCCUCAAGCAGCAGAAAACAAUAAGCUUUCAGUUGAGAAGCUCCAAAAAGAUUCUCAAAAAGAAGGUGUAAAAAGAGGGUCCCUUUUCAUUCAGAUUCCCACUCCUAGAAAAUGGAUCCUUCUCAUCUACCCCUUAACUAAGGGAGCAAGACUCGGCUCAGGAGAAGUGGAGGUGGAAACGAGCGAUUUCUGUCACCACGCUGUGAAUUACAGAGUUUCUCUCCAGUUCUCCAUUUCAUGGAGAAUCCCAUUCAUCAACAGCCAUGAGAUAAGAAUGGCCCUCCGCCUGCUGUGUAGGAGACAUUUCUGGCGGGCUGCAGGUCGCCAAAAUACCGUGUGGGUGAAGCCAAAAUACACAGCAUUUCUUCCUCAUCCAAAUGUCCUCACUCACGGGGAGAGAACCACGAUCUUUGGAAGACCUUUGAAUUCGUAUCACUGCUGUCCCCUCGCUGAGAGUCUGACAUCAGGAAAAUUUUCCGAAUCAACUGAUGCUAAAGGAAAGGAUGGAGUCCACAUCUUAGGCAGCAGGGCCCUCGUGGCUCUCAGCGUGCAUCGACAGACAGCUGUGGUGGAACAGCUGUUGCCAGAGAUCCGGGUUGCUUCUGCGUUGUGCCAUCCAUGGCCACCACCACCCGACCCAGGCUCUGCCCUGGGACUGGGUCAUGUCUGCAUCUCACGGUCAUGUCUUUUCCCCAUCAUGGCCACCCCAGAUCCAGUGCCGUGCAGUGAUGUCAAGUAA